AUGCUUGUUAAAUCAUUUCUAGUUGCCCUGCUGGGUGCAUCUGUGGUCAAUGCCCACAUGAUCAUGACUCAACCAGUUCCCUAUGGCAAGGAUACGAUCAACAACUCUCCUUUGGAGGCUGCAGGUGGCGAUUUCCCCUGCAAACUGCGUGGGUCCAGCACCUACGAGGUGACCACUGAGAAUCAGAUGUCCGUUGGGGGCACUUACCCUCUACGCUUUGAGGGUAGUGCCACUCAUGGUGGAGGCUCAUGCCAGAUCAGUCUGACUGAGGAUCGGUCGCCAACCAAAUCAACCACUUGGAAGGUCAUCAAGUCUAUCGAAGGCGGGUGUCCCGCUAACGUCACUGGUAACAUGGGCGACAAUGCAAGUGCGGAGGACCCUUAUCAUUUUGACUUCACGAUUCCCGAUGGGAUUGAGGCUGGAAAGUACACUCUUGCCUGGACCUGGUUCAACCGCAUCGGCAACCGUGAGAUGUACAUGAACUGCGCUCCUGUCACUAUCUCCUCAAGCUCCUCCAAGCGCUCGGUGGAGGCCCCAGUGAUCGAGAAACGUACCGCCAAUUUCCCUCCCAUGUUUGUUGCCAAUGUCAAUGGCUGCACCACCAAGGAAGGCAUUGAUAUCCGCUUCCCUCAGCCUGGUGAAUAUAUCCAGUACGCUGGCGCUGCCCAAAACCUCGCUCCUGAAGGUGAAGCCGCUUGUACCGGCACUGCCACCUUCGCUGGCGAAGGUGAUGCCGCUUCUGGCUCCUCCAGCUCUAGCUCUGGUUCUGGUUCUUCUAGCUCUAGCUCUGAGUCUUCGACCGCAUCAGGUAGUGCCCCCACCGAAGCUUCCUCCCAGGCUCCAGCUGCUGUGCCAACUACCAGCACAGCUCCUGCUGCAUCAGGUGUUCCCAACUCCCCUGAAUCAACGGGCUUCUCAACUGCUCCCGCCUCGCCCUCAUCUUCCAGCACUUCCAGUUCUUCCAGCUCGGGUACCCUGAGCGGCUCCUGUAGCCCCGAGGGUGAGUGGAACUGCAUUGCCGGCACCUCUUUCCAGCGCUGUGCCAAUGGACAAUGGUCCGUUUCUCAGCAGCUAGCUGCCGGUACCAAGUGCACUGCUGGUCAAAGCUCGGAUCUGUCGAUCUCUGCGGCCAAGAUGGCACGCGAAAUAUCAGCCAUGCGCUUCCGCAGGCGUACUAUCGGAGGCUCAGCCCAUGCUUAG